GCAGUUCUCAGCAGGUGCCACGUCUCCCGCAGGUUCCUACAACUUUCAGAGGGCCCUGGGAUGCAGGAUGGGGCUCGAAAACACACCUGGAAGGAACAGAACUCCUGGGUUUCCCCCUCAGUUAACACCUUGGAGUCAGGAGUCCCCUCCAAGGGCUUCUCCCAGGACACCGAGGGACAGGCGGCGCACUGGAACCCACCCCGCUGCGGCGUGCCCGAUGUGCCCAUCCUGCCAGAUGGCCAGAACGGGCGGAACCGACAAAAGCGGUUCGUCUUGUCGGGAGGGCGCUGGGACAAGACGGACCUCACCUACAAGAUAAUCAGAUUCCCUUGGCAACUGGUGAAAAGUAAAGUGAGACGCACAGUUGCAGAAGCCUUGAAAGUAUGGAGUGAUGUGACGCCGCUGACCUUCACUGAAGUGCAGGAAGGCCGAGCCGACAUAGUCAUUGAUUUCACAAGGUACUGGCAUGGUGAUAACCUGCCUUUUGAUGGGCCAGGAGGGAUCCUGGCCCACGCGUUCUUCCCCAAGACCCAUCGUGAGGGAGAUGUCCAUUUCGACUAUGACGAGACCUGGACCAUUGGGAACAACUUGGGGACUGACCUUCUUCAAGUGGCUGCUCAUGAAUUUGGCCAUGUCCUGGGCCUCCAGCACACAGCUGUCUCCAAGUCACUGAUGUCCCCCUUCUACAUCUUCCGCUACCCACUGAGCCUGAGCGAGGAUGACAAACAAGGAAUUCAGUACCUCUAUGGGAAACCAAAGCUUGAGCCAGAACCAGCCCCAACCCCAACCCCAACCCCAACAGCAGAGCCACCCCAGCCAGACAUUGAAACAAAUGAGAUCACCAAUGAGGAGUCUGUGCAGCCAGAUGCCUGCGACACAGAUUUCGACGCCGUUUCUACCAUCAGGGGGGAGCUGUUCUUUUUCAAGUCUCGCUACGUGUGGCGGCUCCGGGGGGGAAAGCUGCAAGCUGGCUACCCCGCCCUGGCUUCCCGCCACUGGCAGGGGAUCCCAAGCUCUGUCGACGCAGCCUUCGAGGAUCCUCUAGGAAGUAUCUGGUUCUUCCAAGGCCCUCAGUACUGGAUUUAUGAUGGUGAGAGACGUGUCUCUGGCCCUGCACCUAUCACGGAGCUAGGCCUUUCUACUUCUCCCGUCCAGGCAGCCUUGAUGUGGGGGACUGAAAAGAACAAGAUUUACUUCUUCAAGGGAGGCAAUUAUUGGCGCUUCAACCCUAGCGCCCGCCAGGUGGACAAUGUCUACCCCCGCACAAUGGCUGACUGGCGUGGCAUCCCUCAGGAGAUUGAUGCUGCUUUCCAGGAUGAGAUUGGCUUUGCCUAUUUCCUGAGAGGCCGACAUUACUGGAAGUUCGACCCAGUUCAGGUGAAAGUGCUAGAGGGUUACCCACGCCAGAUCAGCCAGGACUUCUUCAGCUGUACACCUUCCUCCAACUCCUUCCGAUGAAGAAAGGGGUGCUAAUGGCCCCAGAUUCUUCUCCUGCCUUCACACAUCACCACCAGUCACCUCAAGAGAUGUCCCACACUCUGACAAAGAAACCCCACUCCUGUCGUGCUCAUCACUUAACACCAUAGGUGGCACAAGUGGCUUGAGGCAGCUGUUAGUCUAAGGUGGAAACCUUAGAUUCCAGGAGUUUGUACUCACAGCUUGGUAUAGACAUUAAAGAUGACUGCAGCCUUGAUGACUACCAGCUGCCUGCAUUAAGGGUCGAGUGGCUGCUCUAACAGUUUUUUGGCACUGACAUCCUAAAGACAAGAAGCCAACUUGGAAUGGGGUCUGCUUCCAUAAUUAUCUGGACACCAUCCACUUAGAAAAGGGAUUCCACUGGUAUUUCUUUUGUUUACAUUGUGUACAGCGGGGCUUCACUUACUGAUGUUUGCGUC